AAAGAAGCAUAAAAAGUGGAAAAUAAUUAGAUUCGCAAUCAGAAGCCACACUUCACCACCGUCACUACAGAUCUAAAAGAACAAAAACCUCCCAGUUUAUCGCAAAACCCGAACUUGCCCUUCCACCACCCUCAGAAUUACGAUAAUGCCACUCUUCUCCCACCGCUUCGUCACCGCAUCUUCCACCGGCCCUGCAACUCCUUCCUACUACAGCAAACCCUCGAAGAGCCACAAACACAGCUCUUCCGCCUCUCGUGUCCACGUGGCCAUCGUACUCUUCUCCCUCGUCUCUCUUUUCAUCGGACUCGCCGGAACUAUCUUCGCAAUCACUUCCUCCGGAGGUCCUUCCUCCGUGUAUCGAUGCGGUGGAUCUAAAGACACUUCACGAGUGUUCGGUUCAAGAAAACUCGGUGGGAACGGCGACGUAUUGCCGGAAAGACGAAAGGUUAUAGGAUUCGUUGGGAUCCAAACUGGUUUCGAUUAUGGUGAUCGUCGUGCCGCUUUGAGAAGUACUUGGUUCCCUUCUGAUCCUGAUGCUCUUCUAAGGUUGGAACAAGCGACUGGAUUAGCUUUUAGAUUUGUGAUUGGACGGUCAAAAGAUGAAAAGAAGAUGGCUGAGCUUGAAAAGGAGAUAAAAGAACACAGAGAUUUUGUGCUUCUUGAUGAUGUUGAGGAAGAGUAUCUACGACUUCCUUAUAAAACGUUGGCCUUCUUCAAAGCAGCUUUUAAACUCUUUGAGGCUGAUUAUUAUGUCAAAGCCGACGACGACAUUUACUUGAGACCAGAUCGCCUUGGGACGCUUCUUGCCAAGGAAAGGCUUCAUUCACAGACGUACAUUGGCUGCAUGAAGAAAGGACCAGUUAUAACUAACCCUAAACUCAAAUGGUAUGAGAAACAGGGCAAUUUGAUUGGAAAUGAAUAUUUCUUACAUGCUUAUGGACCGAUGUACGUUCUUUCAGCCGAGAUAGUGGCUUCACUUGCAUCAGCUCGGAACGGCAGCUUGAGGAUGUUUAACAAUGAAGAUGUAACCAUCGGAUCUUGGAUGCUUGCAAUGGAUGUACAUCAUGAGGACAACCGUGCUUUAUGCGAGCCUCGUUGUUCCCCAAAGUCUAUAGCAGUCUGGGACAUUCCCAAAUGCUCAGGGCUUUGUAACCCGGAGAGUCGGUUAAAGGAGCUUCACAAUAUGGAUAUUUGCUCCAAGAGUCCGACAUUGCCUCCCGAUGACUUGGACCAGUAGUUUGUGUUGCAAACAAUUCUACAGAAUAUAUGAUCUCAUAGUUCCAACAUCCUUGGAGCUGUAAAGGGGAAAGAUGACUUCAUAGUUCUUACAUUAUCUGAUUCUUGUUGUAGUUGUCUCAUGUACCACAUUUAUACUGAAGUUAUAUAUAUAUAUAUAUAUAUAUAUAUAUAUAUAUAGACCAGAUACCACAAGAUUUUUUUUGUAAAUUAGAUUUAUGUGGCCAGUGGUGUAGGCACUGGGAGAUGAUACAAUAUUAAUAUGUUUGAUUUUGUAUAAGAGAUCUCAUUCAAUGUA